AUGCUUCGAGCUCAUCGUCAAGCAUGGGCUUGGCAAGACGAAUGGUACGGGCUUACUAUGGAAGACAUCCGAGAAAUAGAAAGGCAAACACAGUUAGCAUUACAGAAGAAGAUGGCAGGAGAAACUGGUGAUGAACAAGAUGUUUCUGAAGAAAACUCUAAAUCGCUGGCAGCAACCAUGAGUAGUUUGGAAAAGAAUGAAGAUUUAGCAACGCCUUUAGCAAAUAAGAAAACUAAUGUUGAGAAAAAGAAUUCAAAACACUUGACACCUGAAGGCACGCCACCGUCAGAUCAAAAGAGUUCCUUAAAAAGCAAUUUAAAGUCAACAUCCUCAGGAUCUAUAAAAAGUUUGCAAGCACAAGUUGCUAAUUGGCGAAUGGAAACGCUUGUGAGGGAAUCUGAAACUGAAACUGGGUCGGAAGACGAAUUCUAUGACUGUGAAACCUCUUUCAAUAAAUGGUCAUCCAUGUGUUCUUUGGAUGAAGCAGAUCUCGACAUAUCUCCAACACAGGGAGAUCAUAGCCAGGAUGACAGCAUUUUUAAUCCAUCAUUUUUAAAGAGAGUAACCUCAGAAAGAGGUUCUCGCCGCAUCAUCACCUUACAGAGCCAUCAGAGUAUUGAUGGUUGCCCUGAAAUACCGGUGCACAGUUCUUGUCCAACAACCGUGUUAAUUCUCGUUUUCCACGCAGGGAGCGUUCUUGAUGCAAACGUUGAUAUGGCUGCUAAGAAAUCUGAUGUAACAACUUUCAAAGGUGCUUUUGAAUCCGUAAUGCGGCAACACUAUCCAACACUAGUAGGUCAUAUUGCAAUAAAGCUAGUAUCGUGUCCAUCUAUUUGCACUGAAGCUCUUGGUGUUCUAUCUACUUUAAGUCCAUACAGUUUUGACUGCUCACCCUCAACAAUGGAAACCCCUUCACUCACAAAUGAACUUAUACCUAUUGGAGCCAUUCCAUUAAUAGCAACAAGCUCUCCCGAAUAUGUCGAUUCGGUCACAAAAACAAUUGUUUCAGCCAACACAGUGUUUAAUGAAUUUCUGAAAUCGGAUGACGGAAAAGGUUUCAGUGGCCAAGUGUGCAUUGUUGGGGACAGUAUGGGUUCGGUUUUAGCUUAUGAUGCGCUAUUUCGCACGUUGCAAUAUCAAUCACGUCAUGAUAGUGAAAAUAGUAUUCUUGAUACAGAGAUCACUAUUCCAAAUGAACCGACAGAAAACUAUUUAAAUAAAUCACAUUUGCAAGCACCGACUCCUCGUAGGCGAUCAUCAUCAACUAGUGAUAAUCAAACGAAGCUGGAGUUUGAAGUGUCUGAUUUUUUUACUUUUGGUAGUCCAUUGUCGCUUAUAUUGGCUUCAAGAAGGAUAGCUGAUGAUAAAUCACGAGAUAUUAUGAAACCACCCGCUCAACAGGUGUACAAUUUAUUUCAUCCAACGGACCCAGUUGCGUGUAGAUUGGAACCUUUACUAUCUGCCAGAUUCACUAACCUGCCGCCUAUUAACGUCGCACGAUACGCCAAGUAUCCCCUCGGAAACGGCCAGCCGUACCAUUUGAUGGAAUUGAUUCAAAGCCACCCCCAACUUUUUGGUGACCACUUACAAAUGCCGCCCACUCCAAUAUUACGGCGACUAUCCGAAGCUUCGGUUCAAAGUACAGUUAGUGGCUUGGUUGAUAAUAUUCCUUUAAUAACGAUGAAUGCAUUGCAACAAAAAUGGUGGGGAACUAAAAGACUAGAUUAUGCAUUGUACUGUCCAGAGGGUUUAGCCAACUUUCCAACAAAUGCCCUACCACAUUUAUUCCAUGCAAGUUAUUGGGAGAGUUGUGAUGUGAUUGCUUUCAUAUUACGUCAAGUCGGCCACUUUGAUCUAGCUUUGUAUGGUCACGUUGAAGACAAAGACAUCACUAUGUUCAAACCUGGACAGGAGAGAGAAAAGUGGAUGAAGAAACGAACUUCAGUAAAGUUAAAGAAUGUCGCUGCAAAUCACAGAGCUAACGAUAUUAUAGUAAAAGAAGGUUGUCCUCAAACAUUUACGGCGAGGUUUAUGUACGGGCCAUUAGAUAUGAUAACGCUAACGGGGGAGAAAGUAGACAUACACAUGAUGAAAGAUCCACCGGCUGGAGAAUGGACCUUGUUGUCCACCGUUGUGACUGAUAAAACCGGUAGGAUCACGUACACGUUGACAGAAAAACAAAGUGUUGGUUGUGGUAUAUACCCAGUCAGAGUUGUCGUAAGGGGUGAUCAUACAAGUUGCAAUUUCCAUUUGGCUGUAGUGCCACCGCAAACAGAAUGCGUGGUAUUCAGCAUCGACGGGUCAUUCACAGCCAGCGUCUCGGUAACCGGCCGGGAUCCAAAAGUAAGAGCAGGAGCAGUGGACGUUGUUCGCUUCUGGCAAGAUCUUGGCUAUCUAAUCCUCUACAUCACGGGCCGGCCCGAUAUGCAGCAGAGAAAAGUUGUAUCUUGGCUGGCUGAGCAUAAUUUCCCACACGGAUUGGUUUUCUUCUCUGAUGGAUUCUCCACGGAUCCAUUAGGCCAUAAAGCUGCGCAUCUGAACAGUCUUAUUAACGACCACGGCGUACUUCUCCACGCUGCUUAUGGUUCCGGUAAAGAUAUAAGCGUGUAUCACAACUGCGGCUUGUCGCCCAAGCAAGUAUACGCUAUCGGUCGUAUUAGUAAGAAGUAUUCCAACAUGGCGACCACUUUGAGUGACGGCUACGCGUCCCAUUUGGCCGAUUUGAAACAGCCGGGCGCAGUAAGAGCGGCUAGAGGCAACGCACGUCUACUCGUGCCCCGCCGGCUAUUGGCGCCUGUGAACACCGCAUCUACCACACGUGUUCGCCGU